AGGCAAGAUGAUAACCAACACCCCUGUCUGACGCAAGCCCUGUAUAACGAUUUUAUAAGUUGGGCAUUGAGUCAUUCAAAGUCAGAUUCGUGCUCAGGGGUCUCUUAACAUCAAAAGGUGCUUUUACAGGGAAAUAUUGAUAAGGACUGCAUUUAAAAGAAUCACGAGAGUCCCAAAAGAAAGUCUGCGAUGGCUUCGACACCCUCUGCCUCAGCCCUGUCGGCUGUUCUCCGGUGUCAGGGGAAUAUCCUCGCCCGAAAACAGGCCAACAAGAAGCGGUCUCCAGCGUCAGUCUACGGGCUGGGAAGGACCGGAGGAGAUUCGGUCAGAUCUUAUUUUCGCUCUCUUUGGGCAUUCGUGUUUCACAGGGAGCGAGUGGAUAUUCCCGGAGUUCUGUCCGUUACAGCGCGGUUUGAAACGUCCUGUUCAGGAAAAUCGAUUGGGUUUAAAAACUCUACAAUGUUUGACAACCGAAUGCCAAUGAAAGCAUCCGAUGCAAAGACGAACGUUAUGUCGGACUAUGGUUUUGCUUUUAAAUCUCAACUCUAUGGUGUUUCAUCCAAAACCAACCCGGUUCUUCGACUGGAUGGCACGCGUUUACGAAAACUAAACUUGGAUAAUCCAUGGACUUUAUGUGUUUGUGUAGUUUGCGCUCAGAGUAUAAGCACGCUGAACCGCAGUAGACUGAAUGAGGUGUUUUCUCUUGGUUUAUUGUGGUAUUUAAAGGACAAACUGAUAUAUUUUACAACUGCAGUGUCAGACAGUGUGCGAACCCAACCUGGAAUAUGCAGGAUGAACCAGCUUCAACCGGAUUGUGAUAAGUUGAGUGGGUGUGUCAAACCCCCUAACUGCACCUCUGAACAUCAUGAAGAUCAAGGAGCUGAACCCGGGGAAUGAGUCUUCUGCUGUAGACCACGAGACGCACUUCACACCAAUGCACUUUCCCAUGAUAGAUAGAUAGAUAGAUGAUAGAUAGAUAGAUAGAUAGAUAGAUAGAUAGAUAGAUAGAUAGAUAGAUAGAUAGAUAGAUAGAUAAAUAAAUAAAUGUUCUUUCAUGCACUUCAGCGAGUAUAUUGCAGUGUUUUAUACAACUUAUACCUUUGGCACUGUUUUUGCAGUUUUAUAAAGAAGUUAUACCAAAAACUGCUGCCUGAGCAGCCUUUAUGAUCAGGUACCUGAUGCUGUAAAAAAAGAAAUAGAAAAAGUUGCUUAUUUAAUUUUUUAAAGUACAAUCAACUUGGAUGUUUAAGUCAU